UCACAAAAAAAGAAAUAACAAAAACAAACACACGUGUGAAAGAAAUAUUUUAUUUAGAAAAUUCUAAAGAAAAAAUAAUUUUUUAUUUAAAAAAUUUGCAAAAAUGACCACUGAAAAUAAUGAACAACCCACGACUAAUGAAGCAGCAACAGAAACAAAUCAAGAAGCGAACAAACCCUCAGCUGAAAAAGUAAAAACGAAAACCAAAAAGAUACAGAAGCCAGAAAAUGCAAUUCCCCGUGGUCAGCCCAAAUCCAAUCGUCCCUGGAAAACACCUAAAACCAAAUUCUCUACGUUGAAAAAGACUCAACCGCGUUUAUCAUUCGAAAAGAAAAUGGAACUACGCAAUGAAUUGCGUGCCAUCAAAGAAAAAUCGCGUGAACUAAAAGAGGCUCGCAAGGAAGAAGCUAUUGCUAAGCAUCAGCGUCGCGUAGAAAACGCCGAAAGACGUUUGGCCAAUGAACGUCGUGCUGAAAUUGUCCAGGUCAUUAAGAAUCCCUGGAAAUUGAAGCGCAUGAAGAAGAAGCAAAUGCGUCUUAUACAAAAGCGUGAUUUAAGUGAGGUAAAAGUUGUUUAGGUCCAAUAAAUAAAACUGAUUUUUCUAUUAGUUGUAAAUAAUAUAGGUUUAUUAAUUUUUUUAAAUUAAAUAAAAAUGUGAAAAAUUUAAUAAGUU